AUGGAGUCAUGUCCAAGUACACCACAACCGACUCUCAGCCAUGAAUUGCGAGCUUUAAUCAAUCAAAGGAAUAUAUUGACUGCAAAGUCAAAGUCCAAAGUACUCAAUGCUCUUGACAAGCAAAUUGAAGAGAACAGAAAGAAGCAGCAGUUGGAUUUAAGGAACAAAGUCAUAGAAGAAAUAUUUACGUCAGAAGUAUCUUACUUGAGUCAGCUAGAAGUUAUUAAGAAGUAUUUCAAAGAGCCGUUAGAAUCAUCAGACUUGAUCUCCGGCCCCACAAAACGAACUCUAUUUGGAAACAUUGAGUCCAUAUACCAAGUCAAUGGGGAACUCGUAAACCAACUCAAAACAAGAGGAACCAAUGUUGCUGCAGCGUUCCUGCAUUUGGCUCCAUUUUUCAAAAUAUAUUCUAUGUAUGCUUACAACUACAAAAGUGCCAUACGUUUACUAGAGGACCUGCCGACACACAACCCUAGACUAGGAGAGUGGAUAAGAAGCCAGGAAAGACGACCUGAGGUGGGGAACAAGUUGAGUGCUCUGCUGAUAACACCUAUACAGAGACUUCCGAGGUACAGACUUCUGCUGAGACAACUGUUGAGUCUGACACCAGAUAGUCAUCCUCACAGGACCACACUUGUGGAGGCAGUGAAAGAGGUAGAAAAUGCUACGUCACACAUUAACAACCUAGUUUUUGAGCAAGAAACACACUCAAGACUACUGACACUUCAAAAUUGUUUGCUCCGCUCGAAACCUUGUAUUGUUGGGCCUAACAAGAAACUGUUAAAGGAAGGAAUACUUAUGAAGAUGAGUGCUAAUGGCCAGAAGGCGCAGAAACGUUACUUCAUCUUGCUUAGCGACAGUGUUGUGUACUGCAAGCUACUCGCCAAAGAGGAAGGAAUGCCUCACGAGAGCGGGUCGCUACAAUCCUGUUGUGUGCUGCCCAUUGGCAAAUGCAGCGUCGAGAACGUUCUCGGUCAAGGUGUGUUCAACUUGACUUGCCGCAGCGAGACCUACAUUCUGUUCUCGGAACACCGCGAGGACGCCUCAGAUUGGGUUACGGCCAUCAGAGAUGCGAUAGCACAGCAUCACGAGAAUUUGCAAACUCUCAGAAAGAAAAGUAGUUCUCGUCACACCCUACAAAUGACCAGGAAAAGAAAAUUGCUAAAAGAAAAUAACAAUCCAAACAACGGAGAGAGUCCUAUGAAAAAAAUGAAAUCACACACAAGCAGUCAAGAUGAAGACAAAAUGAAACAACAUUGUGACGGGAAGGAAAAUCCUCAGGCUUGUCAGGAAACAGUUCAGAAGAACAACUAUUUGCAGUCAAUCAAAUCGUUAUUUAUGACUUUUGGAGAAACUGUCAGAACCUACAUGUUCCCUGGGCCGUCUUCUAGAUCGUCAAACGUUUAACAGAUCUGGAAAUCUUCAAACCUGUAGAAUUGUAUUAAUUGUACAACAUAUUUUAUGAUUUUGGUGCUUUAGACUGCGUUAUGUCUUGACUGUCCCACUUGUUAUUAAACUUAAGAGUUU